UUCAUGCAGAUACAUCUGAACAAUGGAAAAGGAAAACCAAACCACGGUCUCUGAAUUUUUCCUGCUGGGCUUCCCAACCUGGCCAGGACAGCAGGGCCUCCUUUUGGCUCUUUUCCUGUGUGUCUACUUAACAGGACUGUUUGGGAACUUACUCAUUUUGUUGGCCAUUGGCUUAGAGCCACGCCUUCACACGCCUAUGUAUUUCUUCCUUGCCAACCUGUCCUUGGUCGACCUCUGUCUUCCUUCAGCUACAGUUCCCAAGUUGCUGCAAAACAUCCAAACACAGACACAGUCCAUCUCCUACUCUGGCUGUCUGGCUCAGAUGUAUUUCUGCAUGAUGUUUGCCAACAUGGACAACUUCCUUCUCACAGUGAUGGCCUAUGACCGUUAUGUAGCCAUAUGCCACCCUUUGCAUUACUCCACCAUCAUGACCCGGAAGCUCUGUGCUUCUCUGGUGGCUGUGCCCUGGGUCGUGGCCACUCUGAACCCCCUCUUGCACACCCUUUUGAUCGCCCGUCUGCACUUCUGCUCUGACAAUGUCAUCCACCACUUCUUCUGUGACAUCAACUCUCUCCUGCCUCUAUCCUGUUCUGACACCAGUCUGAAUCAGAUCAUGGUCCUGGCUGUCGUGGGGCUGAUCUUUGUGGUACCAUCCGGCUGUAUUCUAGCAUCCUAUAUCCUCAUCAUCUCUGCUGUCCUGAAAAUCCCAACCACCCAAGGAAAACUCAAGGCUUUCUCCACCUGCAGCUCUCACCUUGCCUUGGUCAUUCUUUUUUAUGGAGCAAUCACAGGGAUCUACAUGAGUCCCUCAACAAACCACUCAAGUGAAAAAGACUCCGCUGCUUCUGUGAUUUUCAUGGUUGUAGCCCCUGUAUUGAAUCCAUUCAUUUACAGUCUCAGGAAUAAUGAGCUGAAGGCAGCUUUAAGGAGGGUUCUAGGCCAGCGCAAAACCUCCCAGUGA